UUAAUAUUAAGAAGCGUCCGUUUACCCAGAUGAAAAAGGACUUUGGCCAACAUGGCUCUUGAAUUAUUUCACUGGUUUAUUAUAGGUUUUCUCCUUGUUUUGCCGAUUUUAUACGAAUUGAGCGGAACUUUUAGAUACCACGCUAAAUUUGCGUUGUACUAUGCAUGUAUUUUCGGGAUAGCGACGGUGGUAUGCACCUAUGCCUGGCUUCGACCUGGUGAUGUCAACAACCAUUGGUUCAUUUUAUGGGCGAUGAAUCAUGUGAAGAAUUUAUUUGGUAUAGAGGUGGAGAUUAGGGGAGAAGAAAACCUGAAGUCGGAGAAACCAUUUAUACUAGUUAUCAAUCACCAGAGCUCCCUUGAUUGUAUUGGUAUGACACAGAUUUGGCCCAAAAGAUGCUGCUGCUUAGUAAAGAAUGAGCUAAAAUACGCAGGGCCGUUUGGACUAGCUGCUCUAUUAUGUGGAACCGUGUUUAUAAAUCGUUUGAACAAGGAAAAAGCUCUGGACACUAUGAAUAAAACUGUUGGUGAUAUUUUAGAGAGAAAUAUAAAAUUACUGGUAUUUCCGGAAGGUACAAGAAAUCACGAUGGAAGUAUGAUGCCAUUUAAGAAAGGGGCUUUUCAUAUAGCUGUUCAGGCUCAGAUUCCAAUUGUGCCCGUUGUAUUCUCUUCAUUUUCUGAGUUCUACAAUAAAAAGGACAAAAAAUUUACUACAGGGAAAUUUAUAAUCACAUGUAUGCCGAGUAUUAGCACACGUGGAAUGACUUCAAACGAUGUUACAGAUCUCUCGGAGAAUGUACGGAAACAAAUGCUGGAGACGUUCAAUCAGACCUCAUUCGAAGCAACACAAAAUAAACUAGCCAGUAAAAUAACCAAUGGCACGAAAUAGUUUUCCGCGGCUUACAUAUGUGUUCUGCGGCUUAUAUACAAUAAAUAUAGAUAUAAAUUUAUAUCUAAUCA